UGUCACACGCCAAAGCCUUCUUCUUCAUAACAAUUAACAAGGCAGCGGCACCACCACCAGCUCGUGCUCGUCUUCCGCUGCUGCUCCUCCCCUCCCCAAACGAACGAACAAAAAGAGGCCUCGCUUCGCUUCCCUGCCCUGCUGCUUCGCCUCUCCCCCACCCGUCUUCCUCAGCUGAGCUCAACCCCUCUCGCCGCCGUCCGCGACUCCAUCCGAUGCCGCCGCCGCUCGAGGCGCGCGACUACAUCGGCCUCGGGGCCGCCGCGCCCUCCUCCUCCUCGUCCUGCUCUGGCAGCGGCGAGGGCGCGGGGCCGCACCUCGCGCUGCGGCUCGGGCUGCCGGGCUCGGAGUCCCCCGGCCGCGGCGCAGGGGCGGAGCACGUCGACGCCGCGCUCACGCUCGGACCCGCGCCUCCCAGGGGCGGCGCCAAGCGCGGGUUCGCAGACUCCCUCGACCGGCCCGCGAAGCGGGAUGCGGACGCCGGUGACGCUGCUGGGGCCGUGAGCGGGGAGGAGAACAAGGGGGUGGCUGAAGCCGCUGCCGGAGCUCCGCGGGCUGCCAAGGUGCAGGUUGUUGGUUGGCCACCUGUUCGGAGACAGAGUUACCGAAAGAAUACACUAGCUGCCAGUGCCACAAAGACAAAGGGAGAAGAUGAAAGCAGGAGUGAGGCAGGAUGCUGUUAUGUUAAAAUCAGCAUGGAUGGAGCCCCAUACCUAAGGAAAGUGGACCUCAAGACCUAUUCAAGCUAUGAGGAUCUCUCGCUUGGUCUUGAGAAAAUGUUCAGUUGCUUCAUCACUGGUAAAAGCAGUUCAGGCAAGCCAUCAAGGGAGAGGCUUACUGAUGGUUCUAGGGCUGAUGCCCUUCAGGACCAAGAAUAUGUCCUUACUUAUGAAGACAAAGAUGCUGACUGGAUGCUUGUUGGUGAUCUUCCCUGGGACUUGUUCACCACAACUUGUCGGAAACUUCGAAUCAUGAGAGGUUCUGAUGCUGCUGGCAUGGCUCCAAGAUCACUGGAAGAGGUUGGCCGGAACAAAUAAAGUGCUUUGGCCUACACGUGAAUCAUGAGUGUAAUGGACAGUUUGCGAUGGCGCUGAAGGGAGCGAUGUUUUAUCUGAAGUGCUAUGUCUUUUUCCACUUGUGCAGUGAGAUUUGUGGCCUACUGUAAGACGCCCAUUUUGCCCACGAGGUUGUCAUGUGUCAUUGUAGAUGGUCGCUUGUCUGUGAAAGAUCGAACACGGUAGCUUACUGCUGCCUCUGAUACUUUCACCAGUUUGCUUAUAUAUUCGGAAGUUUGUAUUUUAUAUCGUAGAAGUAAGAACAAAUGUUCAUGCUGUCAUAUAAUUAUUCUUCUUCUUCCCAA